GCCCCCCCCGCGGCCAUGAGCGCGGCCGGGCUCGUGUCCGCUCCCCCCGCCGCCCCGCCGGGGCCGCCCGCCCCCGCCAUGGCCCCCGCGCCCGACUACUACGAGGAGGAGGAGCUGGAGAGCGCCGAGGAGGAGGACGGCGAGCGCAGCGCCCGGGCCCGCGACUCCGAUGAGGACACCGAGGAUGCCAGUGAGACUGACCUGGCCAAGCACGACGAGGAGGACUUUGUGGAAAUGAAAGAACAGAUGUAUCAGGACAAACUGGCAUCUCUGAAGAGGCAGUUGCAGCAACUGCAGGAAGGUACUCUUCAGGAAUACCAGAAAAGAAUGAAGAAGUUGGACCAGCAGUACAAAGAAAGGAUACGAAAUGCAGAACUGUUCCUGCAGCUGGAAACAGAUCAGGUGGAGAAAAAUUAUGUGAAGGAAAAGAAGGCAGCAGCAAAGGAGUUUGAAGAUAAGAAAAUUGAGCUUAAGGAAAAUCUGAUUGCAGAGCUGGAAGAGAAGAAGAAGAUGAUUGAGAAUGAAAAGCUAACCAUGGAAUUAACAGGGGAUUCAAUGGAAGUGAAGCCUAUUAUGACAAGGAAACUGAGGCGACGACCAAAUGAUCCAGUUCCCAUCCCAGACAAGAGGAGGAAACCUGCCCCUGCUCAGCUAAACUAUUUGUUGACUGAUGAGCAAAUAAUGGAGGACCUGAGAACACUGAAUAAGCUUAAAUCACCCAAGAGACCAGCCUCCCCCUCCUCUCCUGAGCACCUCCCAGCUACACCAGCAGAGUCUCCUGCACAGAGGUUUGAAGCCCGGAUAGAAGAUGGAAAACUCUACUAUGAUAAGAGAUGGUACCACAAGAGCCAGGCUAUUUACCUGGAGUCUAAAGACAACACGAAGAUCAGCUGUGUGAUCAGCUCUGUGGGAGCCAACGAGGUGAUCUGGGUGAGGAAAACCAGCGACAGCACAAAGAUGAGGAUCUACCUGGGGCAGCUGCAGCGAGGUGUGUUCGUGAUCCGCCGGCGAUCGGCUGCGUGAGCGGGAGCUCCUCCCUGGGCCUUCUUUUUGGUUUUUUUAACUGAUCACCAAACCUCUGCUGAGGGGUGUCAGGCUGCUCGCUCUUCCCAGCAGCACAGAACAAUGUCAUGACCUCUGAUGAGACCCUUUGUGGCUGGCCACAUGAUCCCCAGUAGUCCUUAAAUCUUUAGCGAUGCCCGAGCACUGCCCUGGACUCUUUCUGGAUUUUUGCAUCAAGCUUCUGUUUGCUCUCUUUGUAUUUGGGGUGACUGUUUAACAAGACUUUGCAUCAUGCUUUUGUCAUCAUCGUUCUGUGGUGCACAGAUGGGACUCGUAGGUCAAAACAGUGUCACGUCUCUGUUUGAAGUCAGACCAGUGGAAGAAGCUUUGCUUGUCGAGACCUGAGGUUGUUUGUUCUUUUUGGCCUUGUUUUCCUGCAAGGCUCAGGAUGCUGGGCAAAAGGAGAUGAAUCCUGCCAGGUUUCAGCUGCAGCUGAAGAGAAGCCUCCAGAACACCUGGUGCACAACAUCAAGUUUAUUGGGUGAACUGUUCAAAGACUUGAGUGCUGAGGCUUUUUUUUUUGGACGGUGUGAACAGCUUAGAAACUGCUGAAAAUGUGGUGAUUUUAAUGUAGUUAAGCAGUCACGCGUGGUUAGUCGGAAGCUUCCGUUUCUCUUCACAUUAAAAAACCCUUCAAUGAACAAGCAGAGUAUGUCUAUUUGCUGAAAUAGAUUACCUGGAAUAGGUGGAUGACUAUAAAUUAAAGGAAUAAUUACCUGGAGUUUGCAGAUAGCUUGAACUCUGUGUG